GAAAAGGUUCGUCUAGACAAGGUUCUCAAAGCAAAAGGAAGUCUCAUUCGUCGGUUGAAUACUAUGAGAUCUCGGCUUGAUUCUCCCUGCACUAAAGUAUCUGAAAAAGAAGCUAUUAUCAGCCGCAUUAAUACUGCCUCCAAGUCUCUCGAGGCUUUGCGUAAGGAUGAAAAGUGCAUUUUGAAGCGUCUGGAUUUCGAAAACAAUGGCAAUUCAGAUGAAGCUACGGUUGAAACUGAGCGUGAGCGACUCAUCCGAACGGGAAAGAUUACUCCAUUUUUUCAAACUGAUGAUUCCCAAGCAAUGGAUGCUUUAGAUAUAACCUUUAAACCACAGCAGACUGCUAGUAAAAGUCGGAAAUCUAUAGAUUUUGUACCUAAAGACCAAUCUGGCGACGAGUUUUCUGAUCACUCUAGCUAUAAUGACAAUGAAGAGGAUAAGGAUGAUUAUAAAGACAACAAGAAAUCUUUUAAACGAAAAAAAUUACAUAGAAUGGAUGCUGAUCGUUACAAGGACGAUGGCGACGAAUUAUCAUAUAGACGACGAUUGACAAAAUGGGCAAUAGAGCGACGGAAAAAAAGAGAAAAUCUGUUGUUAGGUGACAAUGCCGAUGAAAAAAUGACAGAGCAGCUAGAUGACGAUGUUGAAAAAGAGAUUUUUGAGCCUUCGCUUGUUUAUGAGGAUGAAGUAAUUCACAAAGGUUAUUGUGUUCCUGGAGACGUAUACCGCCAUCUAUUCCCAUACCAACGAACAUGCGUAAAAUGGCUAUGGGAGCUUUAUUGCCAAGAAGUUGGGGGCUUAGUUGGAGAUGAAAUGGGUCUUGGAAAGACGAUCCAAAUCAUUUCGUUUUUGGCAGGCUUGGGAUUUUCAAGGCUUCUCAAAGGUCCUGUUAUCAUUGUUUGUCCAGCAACAGUUUUGAGACAAUGGGUGCAAGAAUUUCACAAAUGGUGGCCACCAUUUCGUGUUGCAAUUCUUCAUUCUACCGGUAGUGGUUUAGGCUCGGAGGCGCAUGAUAGAGAUUCCGAGUCUACUUACAUGAGCGAUGAGUCUGAGGAAAACGAGUAUUUUUUGGAUAAAAAAAGACCAAAGAAAAAAGGGAAACGAUCGGAUACAUUGCACUAUCCUAUAAAAUCAAAAUCAAAAGCUCGCGCGCUGGUUGCCAAUAUUGUAAAAAACGGACACGUACUUGUAACUACAUAUGCCGCGAUUCGAAUUCAUGCGGAUAUUUUACUUCCAGUUAAAUGGGCAUAUUGCGUAUUGGAUGAAGGACACAAAAUUCGCAAUCCAGAUUCAGAAGUAACAAUGGCAUGCAAGCGUUUCAAGACUCCGCAUAGGAUAAUCUUGUCGGGAACACCAAUUCAAAACAAUCUUAUAGAGCUGUGGUCCAUAUAUGAUUUUGUGUUUCCUGGGCGACUAGGUACGCUCCCUGUUUUUCAAACCCAAUUUGCAACACCAAUCAAUUUGGGUGGCUAUGCCAAUGCCAAUAACGUUCAAGUUCAGACAGCUUACAAAUGUGCAUGCAUUCUAAGAGAUAUGAUCUCGCCCUACCUGCUACGACGCAUGAAAUCUGAUGUUGCCACUGAUUUACCAAAAAAGAGUGAGCAGGUCCUAUUCUGUCGAUUAUCUGAUGCUCAGCGACGAGAAUAUGAAAAAUUUCUUUCAUCAAAGGAACUCAAGGGCAUUUUAGAGGGAAAGUUGCGAAUUUUGGCAGGAAUAGAUGUACUGCGAAAAAUAUGCAACCAUCCUGAUUUACUCGAGCGCAACAAUGCUGAUUUUUCAGCCAACUAUGGUGCUGUGUCAAGAUCUGGCAAAAUGAUUGUUGUCAAGGCGUUACUUCAAAUGUGGAAACGACAAGGCCAUCGUGUCUUGCUGUUUUGUCAAACACGACAAAUGUUAGACAUCCUUGAGCUGUUUAUCAAAAAUGAAGGCUAUGCAUAUCUACGAAUGGACGGAAGCACAUCUAUUCAGCAACGAUCAAAGAUUGUUGAUUGCUAUAAUGAGGAUGAAUCGUAUUUUGUAUUUUUGUUGACCACCAAGGUUGGAGGCCUUGGCAUCAAUUUAACGAGUGCAAAUCGUGUGAUUAUUUUUGAUCCAGACUGGAACCCAUCGACAGAUAUGCAAGCUCGUGAACGAGCAUGGCGACUGGGACAGAAAAAGAGUGUAACCAUUUAUCGUCUCAUGACUUCUGGCACAAUAGAGGAAAAAAUAUAUCAUCGUCAAAUAUUCAAGCAGUUUCUCACCAACAAAAUUCUCAAAGAUCCUCGUCAACGACGGUUUUUCAAGAGUAACGAUCUGCAUGAUCUGUUUAUGCUUGGAAGUAAAGAAGAUGACACGACUGAAACGGGUAAUUUAUUUGAGGGGAUGGAUGUAGAAGUCCAUGCUGGUUCUUCUGGUGCAAAUGGUGCACUGAGCAGCCACACUAAACGGACCAAAAAACCACGAAGACCGUAUUGUGAUACACAAGCAGAGUUGAAUACGAUUCAAGGUAUUGCAAAAGUUGACGAGUAUAAGCCAACGCCAGAAUCUUCCAAUCAAAAUUUGACGAAUCCUUAUAAUGAUGACGAUUCGGGAAUAUUGCAAGCAUUAUUUUCCAAGACAGGAGUACACUCUGCACUCAAGCACGAUGCGAUUAUGGAGGCGUCUACGCCAGAAGCGCUCAUUGUUGAAAAAGAGGCGACCAAAGUAGCCAAUGAUGCCAUUGCAGCAUUAAAAAAGAGUCGACACCGAGUGCGACAG